AUGAAGUUCUACCCAGAGCUGGACGACAGCAUGAUCUGCGCGGGCAGCUACAACCAGCUCCAGGAUACAAGCCAGGUGAGGGUCAGCAGGCAGGACUGGUGACCGGGGUCAGCAGCAGAGAAAUCUGGGGCCCUCCAGGUGUUGCUGGACCCAAACUUCCACCAGCCCCCCUGUGGCCAUUGCGCAGGAAUGGUGGGAGAUUUCUGGUUCAAAGCAUCGGCUCACUUGCUCUGUAUUGUUGACAGGCUGGCGGGGGCUCUCUGAGGUUUCCGGAGUGGCGCAUUCCCCAUCCCACCUUAGGAUUAAACCUGGGUCCUCCUGCAGAUCCUCUGCCAUUGAGCUGUGCCCCUUUGUGAAGGGUGUGGGUGUCUCCAACCCCUGGGAAGGGGGAGGCAGCUCAAGAAAGCAAGCCAAGUCACAAGCUGUCAAAUCCAUGUCUGAGGGCACUAGUGAAGCAAAACUCUCUCCUCCCCUUUCUCUCUCUCUCUCUCUCUCUCUCUCUCUCUCUCUCACACACACACACACACACCCCACACACACCCACACCCUGCUACACUUCCUCACACAUACGGACAAAAAGCUCUUUUUAACUUUCUUUCAUACCACUUCCUGGUGUCAUAGAAAUUAAAGGAAUAAUAAAAUUUAAAGUUGAAAUGUGUGUGAGAGAGGCUGAGCAGGCGAUGGUUUGGAAUGUGAAGGUUGUGUUUACCAGAGAACCAGGAGAGAAGGACAAAACUACAUGUCUGCAAGAGCUACUGCUCUAGCAGCUGAGGACGAAGGAAGAAGAAAGAGAUGGAAGGCGCUGUGCCCCAGGCUUUUAAAGGCAGAGCCCUCACAUGAUGGCCCCUUUGCUUGCGUUCAUAUUUGGGCUGCCACCCCUCAACUACUUGCCGGUUGAGGCUGUGUCUCACUGGGCUUGCAGUGCCCUAGUAAAAGCCCUGUAUGGCUGACAAUUGGAGGCUGGGUCUUCCUGAAAUCUGGGAGAGCCACUGCCAAUCAGUGUCGACAGCACUGAGCUAGAUGGGCCAAUGAUCUGAUUCUCACCCAAGUCUCAUUAUAAGGCAGCUUCCUUCCUCACUAGGUCGCAGUUGUUGACGGAUGCUGGGGGCUCUUCUCUCCGCAGGGCGAUUCUGGAGGCCCCAUGGUCUGCAACGGCGUGGUGCACGGAAUCGUCUCCUUCGGCAACCACUUUCCUCCUGGAGUUUACUCUCGCAUCGCCCACUUCCUUCCCUGGAUCAAGAAAACCAUGGAAUACUGA